UAUGCUUACAUUCGAGUAACGACAAACUAGCAGUUUGAAAUUAGCAGUAAUUAGAUAAGUUAACGAAUAUUUAAAUACAGUCAAUAUAUACACUAACGAAAAUGAUAAUGCUUUAGACGUACAGAAACACAAUCUACAUUUAAACAAAAAUGAGCCAAUGUCAAAGUUAACCGCAAACUGGAGCCAAAACAUUUAGCAGCCGCAUUCAGAGAGCAAAUCAACUCAACGAUCCAAACAAAUCAGGAAUUAUUAAGCCUUUGGUUUUAGCUUUAACUCGGAGAGGAACGAUUUUUGGAAACGACUACGAAAUGCCUUCAGCAGCCAUGGUGCCACCACAGUCAGCGACAGCGAAGAAACGGCCAUCCGCCAUAAAGGAGGAGGGUAUGACGCCCAAGAAGACGGCCCUGAUUAUUGUCACCGUCAUAGGAUGCAUUGCCAUAUUGUGGCCAAAGGUCUUCCAUCCCAUGAUGUUCGGUUCUGUGCCGCCGCCCAAACAGCAGAACUUAAAGGAGCAGCGGAGCGGGGCACCGGGCGGCUGUUGCGAUGUCGUGCUUGACAGGGAGCAAUUCAUGAACGCUUCGAAGCCGGAUGGUGCCGUACCAUUUGGCCCCCACCUGUACCGGAAGCAUAUUAACCUCUACACGGGUGAAAUAAGUCUGCGACAGGAGCGUCCGGCCCACCUGCAUCCGGAGUCCAUAUAUCAGGCGAUGCGUGAGCGUGGUCGCGCCAUUCCCGCCACGCCCACCGUGCCGAUUGUUGAACGCAAAAGUUCACCAAGCAAUCCGCCACCGCGCCUCGUUGACGGACGGCCUGGUCCGAUUCCUGGCAUGCGUCCUCCAAUGGGCGCCGGAGCGCUGCAACAGCCCCAGCAGCGAGGCAGCAGCAUGGGUUUUCUAAUGCCGCUCUACACAAUCGGAAUUGUCGUGUUCUUUGGCUAUACGAUAAUGAAGAUUGCAUUCAAGAAGCAAGUGCCAAAUGCCCCGUACGGACCAGCCCCAUCGGAUCCCGGCUUCCGUCAGCAGGUGUUUGCCCCACAGGAGCACAGCCAGGUGGAGGAUUUGGGCGGCACCAAAUUGGGCUGGCGAGAACACCAGACAAGAAUUGCAGCAGUUAAGCCGCAGGCGCUGGAGACCCCAACGAAUGGAAGACAGCGCAGCCACGACGAGGAGCUCUACAAUGUCAGCCUGUCGGCCACCAAGGUGGCCAGCAGUCUGUCCAACUCCCUCAGGCAGCACCAGGAGCAGAUGGAGAAGGAGCAGCUGAUGGAGAUUGAGAAGCUGCGCCAGAAGCUCGAGGAUACGGAGCGGGCGAUGGCCAAGCUGAUUGCCGAAAUGAAUACCGAUCAGUAUGAGGCAAAGCAAAACGACAACGAAAAAACGAAAGAACAACUGGAGAAGGAGAACAUUUCCAAUGGGCAUGUAAACACCAACAUCGACCAGGGUGCAAAGGCAGCCAAACAGCAGCCACAUCAACAGCAGAGGAAGCGUCGGGACCUAAGCGCUGAGCGGGAACUAACGGUAUUGGGCAUGGAGGUAACAGCCAGUUGCGAGGGCGGCCGCAAAUGGCACGGACGCCCUCCAACGCCUGUUUUCCGAGCACCAAGCGAACAUUCCAAAUUGGAAGGAAAUCUACCCGAGCCGCAGUCCAUUUACUUGGAAGGCGCUCUGGCACACGACUCACAGAUUUUGGUGGCCGACGCCGAGACCAAGUGCGAAGAGGUCUACGAUGCUGAGCUCAAUGGAUCCGCCGAGGAACCAGCCGUCAUUCUUAGCAGCAAGAUGACAUUAUCAUUGAUUAAUUUGGAUGCAAAUCAACAAAAUGGCAAUGUGGGCAGGCCGGAAAUCGAGAGUCCCCUGGCUGACGAUAUCGAAAUAAUUGGCCAUGAUGAGCAAUAGAGAAACGAUUCGGCUCUGAGAGAUAUACAUACUACAUACAUACAUAUAUGCAAAUCGAAUUUUAUAUAUUUGUAUAUUGUUUGGCAAAGUUGAUGAUGACAUAAUUUUGAUGAAACGAAACGAUCGCAGGAGCAGAGUGAAAUAAUUAGCAAAUUACGACUGAUUAACAUGAAACAGAAUUGCCAAUAAUUUGAUAACUAAUUUGUAUAUACAUAUUGUAUGUUUUGAUAUAUUCGUUUUGUUUUCGAAAACGCCAACUGCUCUAUGGCCCCUCCAACACCCAACACUGCUCUACGAAACUGUUCCCCACUUUGGUCAAAUCUACUCGUAAUGUAAUCCCACUUGCACGCAGAGUCUCACCAAAUGCGUAAACCCUACGAUCCAUGAUCCGAUCCGCAUGAUUUUAUGUGAAUAAUGUUAGUUUGAAACUCAAGGCAAGAACUAGUCUACCACUAAGCUAAGCGCAUACAGCACACUAAAUUCAAAAUCGCAUCGUCUAUUAUUCUGCACUCUAUAAUACAUACUUUUCGCAUAACAGAAACCUUUUCUCUUCUCGUUGCGUGGGAAGGAUAAAUUACCUUAAUAAAAAGCGUUCUAUUGCACCUUAA